CUUCAUACACGGUCAAGUUAACUAUUACAACAACAUGGAUUUCAAAUGCUCGAAGGCCAAAUUGACCGUAAUUGUCUCACGCCCUUCCCCAACUCCCUCCAUUAUAGAGCUUCAAACCAUGCCUCAAUUCUUCACCCAUUUCUUCUGCAAUAAGCCUUUCCAUUCCAGCAUGUCGGUCAACGAUUACUACGAUAUUCUCUUCGAUAUGAAACAAACUGAUUUUGAUUUAAUUGCUAUGAGUCAUUGGGAAGGCAACGCUUACCUAAAGUUUAUAUUUUUCAGUCCUUCCCGUUGUGAUGGGUGUGAAGCUCUCUUGCCAUUAUUGUUAGCACAUGAAGAAUUUGACGUAGGCGUAAUCAACUAUGGAAUCUUUGUCUCCAUUGAUUUACGAAAAUUCACAUUAUUUGGGAUGUUUUUGAAUGAUGCUACACACGUUACGGUCACUAUAUCGAAUUCAGAAGUGAAAUUUUCUCGAGGAGGAGAGGAGUUUACUCUAGAACAAGAGAGAAAAGAAUGCAUAAUUGGAGGCGUUGAAGAAGGAGAUGAGACUCAAUUUGAAAUCAUUACCAAUGAAACAGAAUUUUUCAAUAAUUUGAGCCGUUGGUCAAAAGCAAAAAGAGUAUGGUUUUUCAAGUCAAAUGAUAAUGGUCACGGUGUAAUCAUUAUCCCUAUUGGUUUGUAUGCUCGAUAUUUGAUCUAUUCUAGUGAAGGACCAAAUACUUAAUUGGGGUCGAUCGGGUUGAUCGGGUCGGAUCAUUUUGUGUAAGGGAUUUGAAAAUAGAAAUGAAUUAGGGUUUGUGAUAUUAAUCUCGAAAUAGAUUAGGGUU